AUGGAUUCCUCUCUACUCGCAAUGGACCACCUUCUCCCCUCGCUCAAACGCAAGUCUGUCACAAACACAAACCGUCACGCCAAACGACAAAGGCUGUCGGCAACAGCGACCUCUUUCUCUCUUCAACCACCACCACCAUCCCCCACAUCGCCCCCGUCCUCCCCGUCCCUCCCCAUUCCCCCCGUCCUCCCGUUUAUCAACAGACACACCCUCAAGGAGCUCGAUGUCUCUCAGAUCCUGCGCAACCCCCAUCUCAGACAUGACCUGCUUUUCGACCCGGGCCUGCAGUUCAGACCCACAGCGUCCAGGAGGAAGAGGGAUCUGGCGGACGCUUACUGGAGGGCAGUAGAGAGGGAGCUCGAGUUGGGCUGCACGUGUGUUUCGUUUGCUGCGAACGGUAUCCUUUCCUCCAGAAUUCUUUGUGCCUGCAAGCAGAUUCAAUGUCCAUCGUCGCAACCCGUCUUGGCUUUCAACCCAGCCCACAAUAUACUCACCUGCCGCACCCCCUCGCGCAUACGACCUCUGCUGGAAGAGUGCAGGCAAAUUCUUCUAAAUCUCAUAGAUGAAGCAUCUGACGAUGCAUCUUCGCCCCCGUGUGCUGCCCAGCAAGCCUCCUACAUCCGACAAAUAUUCGACCCAGCUUUGAUCGCGUCGCAGCUAUCGUCUACAUCCUCGUCUCGCUUUGAUCCAUCAGGCCUCCUUUCAGCUUUGCAUGAAAUCCUCAAGUCGCACUGCGCACCCAUGCGAGACUCUGUAAUAGACAACCUACUCCUUUUCACACGCCCCGAGUCCAGCAAGCAUAUUGUAGAAGCUCUGCGCUUGAUUAUGGAUAUUCUAGAGCUCAUGAAACUGGACAUGGCUAAUCACCAACUUCAAUCGUUGCGACCGUAUCUCAUCCACACGGCUCCCCAGUUUGAAAUGAAAGCCUUUACAAAAAAGUUUCCUCACCCUUCGUCGUCCAUAGGGGACACAGAGAUUACGCAACGUUGGCUACGCGCAGCGCAUCAACUUAUGUUGAGCCACCCGACCCCGCUCCUCAACCCCCUGCUCCGUAACACAUCUCUUCUAUCUGAGACAAAUACCUUGUCAUCAUCAUCUGCUGUCCCUCGCUUGUCUGCUUCUUCCUCACCCCUUGCAUUCUCUGAAGACGAAGGUCUCAGCGACACUGACGCCGCUGCUUGCUCGAAUUCUAUACACGAUGAAUCUCGCACAGGCUCGACGAAGGUUGAACGGACGGUAGAGUACAAGAAUAUGAGGAAGAACCAACAGGUAUAUGUCGCUGUGCUUCGAGGGAUCGUAGACUUGGUCUUCAACAUUCCCGUGCAAGACCCUGCAUCGACAUCCUCCGCCUCCGCCUCCGAAGAAGCCGACUACGCGUCGGCCGCUCUCCCUUCACUCCCUGAAACGAUGUUCCUCGACUCAGCUCGCGUAGUGCAGUUGGCCACCAAUGUUGACGAGAUACACGCAGAGUACAUGCUGGGUCUAUUGUACAAGCAACUCUGCGCUCCCCCCGUCUCCUCCCGCUCGCAUUCCAGAUCGAGUUCAUUAACUUCCAUUUCCGCGAUCCCACCAUCGUUACCCAGUACACCGUUAAUUCCGGCGACCCCUUCUUUGGCCUUUCUUGGAGGUAACCCGGGUUCGAGUACGCCUGCAUUGCCACCAUCAACAACACCAUGGUUAUCGGCUACCUCUAUUACAACAAGCGCCAAACCCGGAGACGAAGAAAUGAAGAGGAUGUAUGAGGAAAUCAGGGAUAUCGCUGGCUCGCGAUUAGGCAAGCUCGUUUCGCAUUCGACAUCAGCGAGUACCUCUGCACACGACGUGGAUGUUGAGCUUCAGAGAGAGCGGGAACUUGAGUUGGAGAAGCAGCGAGUUGAUCAUGUCAGAGAGGACGUCGUUCUGCAAAUCGCAAGAAGGGUGGUCGAGAGGAAGAAGCCGACGUUGCCAUCGACCUCAUUGCUAUCUGCUCUGCCGUCCAUUUCUGCGAGAGCCACGAGCUCGGGCACUUGUACCACAAGCUCGACGCCAGCAACGUCGCCCACGUCAUCUAUAUUCUCUAUCCCAGCUACCCCAUUGACCAACUUCGCUGAGUCUGCCCCGCCUACUCCACCCACCCCGUACACUCCCUUUACCCCAUCCUCAUGCUCAUUCGCCGCCGCCUCGCCCAACCUCUUCCCAGACACCCAAACCAUCCGACUGGCGCAACGGUGGACGUCUAUGCAUAUGCGCAAGGACGCGGUAUUGGCCAAGAUGACGAGGAGGAAGUUGAGGGAUCUGGUGUUUGGGGCCGUGAUGGAGCAGGUUGUCUUGGGCCGGUUGGCGGCGCCUUCGACUUCGUCAAGCCCCAGCAUCCCUUCGUUGGUCCCCAAUAGUCUCUCCGGCACCGAUUCAACGGCUCCCUCGAAACCUACCUUCGGAGAUCCCACGAUUGCGGGGUUGGGCGGUCAGGUCGGGAUUCUGGUCGAGAAGAUUGCAAGACUCGUGGAGGUGCAUACCAACACAUACUUGGGACUCUAUGAGAGGGAGGUUUGA